AUGCCUCUUCCCUUUACGCUAAUCGCACACGCGUCUGCUUUUUCGGUUGCUUUCUGCUGGCUCGAUGCGGAAAGAAAAAGAGAACCGAUUCCCGAAGCUCCUCCAUCACCUCCAGAACCGAGCAACAAAUCGACGAUCACCGAUCACAAAACGCAACGCCGAUGCCGCCCGAAACCCGAGGGAAUACUUGAGAAAAAUUUAGCUGAUUCACUCCCUGCUGGAACUGGUCCAAAAGCAACCGCUGAAAGAGGAAUGGCCGGCAUCCACGAUCCAAACUAUCAAACGUUUAACGUGGUCGGCGGAGACGCUUUCGGCAACGACAAGAAAGCCGCCGAGGGACCGAAAGCCCCUGCGCAAAGGUGGAGUUGCUGG